AUGGAACUCACGAUUGCUUGUCCUGAUAAUAAACCUCCACAUGCAGUCGGCCACUAUACCUUUGAUGAUGGCUCAGGCAAAAAAUAUAGAUUUUUAAUGGACCCAAUGUUUAAUCAUUGUGAGCAUGAUGGUGCUGACGAAGCAGCUCCAUUCAAACGCGUUUGGCCAUAUGAUCCUGACAAACAACCAGCAGAUGGGGCAGUUGGUAUUUGGAUUUCAAUAUAUUGGAAUUGUCAUUAUAGAGAACUUCUUGGGACAGCUAUAUAUUGUACUUUGGAAGAUGUAUACUUUCAAUCAACUAAUUAA